AAUUGAUCUGAUAAAAUUGAUGUUACUUAAUCUACUAGUUAGAUUAAUUUAGAUGCGGAAUUUUUCGAUCAUUGUCAUUCAAAUACAGGAAAUUCAUUUUCAUUUACUAUCACUCACCAUCAUACUCACUCAAAUCAAUGAAAGCGAACAGGUGUAUUAGAUAGGGGCUAGAGGUUAAAGCGUCCAAUUCUUUCCAUGUUAACUCUAAUGUCGCCACAUUUACCCAGAGGUUACCAGGGGGUGCCAAAAAAAUGUGUUAAUGCUGCCGAUUUAGGCGAAGUCAUCGUGUCCUGCGUCAAGUCAAAGACAUGAUAAGUAAUUCUUGAUAUGCAUAAAACAAAACCGUGUACUUAUUUAUCUACAAACAUACUAAUCUAUAAGUACGAAUAUCGUAUCUCGUAUCUAUCAGCCUCAAAAUUUGAUUAUAGAAUUAAACCGGUAUCUAAGUAAUAAACCUAAUUUUUUCAGCACGAUGAACUAAACGUUCUUAUAAAUAAAGCCAUGCAUAAAUGACAAUAAAAUUCAUAAACCAGUUUUACCCGUUGAAUGUGAGGGUAUUUAUGUUAUAUGAAUAAAAUAGGAGAACAAUUUAGAGCGAUACAUAAAACUCCUUUUUCUUUUCUCGUUAAUGAUCAAUCCAUAGUUUUUCUGUCAGUGUCAUAGUUUUUGUGGUGAGAAGAAGUGUUUUCACAGUUUCAGAAUGAACUAUCUCUUGAUUUUAAUUCCGGUCGGGAUAAGUUUAUCUGCUUAUUUGAAAAUUAUCAAUUGCGAGUUAGGAAAAUUGGACGACCAAGAUUAUGAAGAAUUACGUAAAGAAAGUGGGGACAAAUUUACCGUAAGAGUCGAUAAUACUUCGCAGCUAAAGGGUGGCCUCGAAGAGGCAGUAAACAUGGUAGGAUGGAUUUCCUCCUUGAACCAAACAAAUUCCCGUUCAGCCCGACAAUGGUGGGGAGGCUGGCAAUUCCCACCAUAUCAAAAUAAUCAGCAAGCAUGGUCUCGCCCACCACCAUAUCAAAAUAAUCAGCAAGCAUGGUCUCGCCCACCACCAUAUCAAAAUAAUCAGGCCUGGGCACGCCCACCAUAUCAAAAUCAAUACAGACCAAAACCACAAAAUAACUUUGGAGCCUGGGGCGCCUCGUCGGGUCAGGUCAACAAUUACGAUCAGUUGCUGCAGCUAUACUACUCGUACCUUCAAGGACAGCAGGGUCUGGCUGGAUGGGGCCAACAAGCACAAAACCCAUGGUUUCAGUAUCCCCACGGAUACCCGUUCCACCCAUGGUUCAAUCGAGAUACUAGACCCCCUGGAAAUGCAAUGUUUGUGCCGUGCACAGGAACCGAAGACUGUGGCGAGGAAAGCAUUUGUGGAGAUGCGCCAAAUUACGGGGAGUGUGGACAAGACGGAAUUUGCGUUUGUGCAAAUAAAGACAACAACUAUGAUGGGAUUACGGCGGAGAAAUUUUCCACGAACUGCGGUCUAUCUAAAAAAACCGACCCGUGCGGGGCCCAGUGCGGGAGACGUCAUACGGUCGUCAAUGACAAUUUAAAUGCCUACGUCUGUAUAGUCAAUGACGAAAAUCGAUGCUUCUGCGACUUCAGGGCAAACAAGUUGCUGGACCGAUGCGUCAGUACGAAGGAGUGUGGAACCAGUGUGUGUCAAGGGGGUGUCGAAUGUAUGAUGGGUUCAUUGUUUGGUGUCCCAUACCCCACGGUUUGCAACUGUAUGGAUGGAAAAUUCCAGGCCACAGCUAAAUGUUUGGACGACUCUUUUUGUUACGGCUUGUGCUACAAGGGACCCGCAGCGAAGCCAGGAAUGGCUUGUUCCGCAGAAGUUACUCGAGGUCCCGGGUCGAAGAAUUGCUUUUGUGGUGUGAAGCCUUAAGUAUUUAAUUGUAUAGAUAUUUUUGAUAGUACGGAACAAGUUUGAGCAUGAUUAUAUGUACGUGUUGAGAUGAUGUAAUAAACUAAACUAAAAGAACGCUAUUG